UGUGACCUGGUUUGGCUGUAUAAACUUUGUUUCCAACACCCCUUCGUAACAAAAUCACUUUAACGAAUCCCAAAUAUCUCUCCACCACCUCCUCCUCCUCCUCCUCCUCCUCCUUUUGUUAUUGUGUGAACUUCGAUUCAUUUCUGAACUAACAAUAACGAAUCAGGUAGCUUUUACGGAUACAACUCCAUGGCGCCGCCUGCACCAGCAACGGCGGCCGGCGGCCAGCAACCACGGCAACAGCAGCAGCAAGCCGGUGGAAUAGGCCAGACCAUCACAGGAAUCAUCAGGAUCGCUGUUUUUUGGUAUUUCGCUUCCAAAUUUUUUGCUCCCAAGCGACCCUCUGAUCCCUCUCUACUCAUCUCCAAUCUCUUCCAAAAAGGCGAACCCCUGGAUAUGUGGUUAUAUCUCUCGGACCAUGAAAAAUUCAACGACUUUGGUAAUGAAGGUGCACUUGUUUGGCACGAAUCCAACAUCCCUUAUGCAGUUUGGGGACCUGAGAGCACCAGAUCCCUUUCGUUGAAGUACUACCCAUCUGAGGCCUUGAAGCAUAAUGGGAGUCUAUUUGCUCAUGUCUUCUUCGCAAGGUCUGGCUACCCUCCAGACCCAAAUGAUCCUGAGUACCAGCCUGGUUCUUCCUUUAGUGGGACACAACCUAUUGUGACGUACUUACUGAAAUCAAAAUCAGAUAAAAAGAGGAGCCUGCUUGGGAAUUCCAAGGCUCCUGACGAGGUUGAGGCAGUAUCCCAGGUGGUUGAUGAUCAAGAAAAUGAUUCUAAAGAUGAUGGUCCUUUGGAAUGGGUUUCAUAUUGGAAACCAAAUGUCACAAUCAAUUUGGUUGAAGAUUUUACACGCUACUCACAGAAUGCUGUACCACCAAAUAUUGCUCCCUGUAUCCUUUUAUACUUAAGUUAUGUGUUCUUUUUGGGCUCAUGAAAGCAUGUUGGAUGAACAUUCUUCUAGCAUGACCUAUUCGUCUAUUUUAAAUUAUCAUAGCAUUUUAAGGAAUCUUCUUCAUUCUCUCUCUCUUGCAUGACUAAU